CCAGAAGUGGUGAUGAAAUCCAGUGGGCUGCUGCUCCUGAUUUAAGGACCGGUGCGGAGCCAAGUCCUCAGUCUGUGGACGUUCCCAGGCACACGGUCGGCAUGGUGUCCGGGUGGAUUCUGUUCCCCCUGCUGAUGGGGGCGGUGGGGGCACGGCCAGACACCCUGGUCCUCAUCCCCACAGUGAUACAGAUGGAGAGUCCGGAGAAGCUCUGUGUGGUUCAGUCGACGGGGGUGGGCAGCGGCCCCCUCAGGGUGAACAUUCACCAUGGCCCCAGUAACACCACCUUACUGGACCAGGAGAUAACGGGUGUCGAGCACUACGGCUGUGUGGAAUUCAUGGUUCCGGAGGUACAGAUCGAUAACCACUGGCGUUCUGUGGCCACUGUGACGGUGAUUGGAUCCGGGGAGACGGCAGCGAUUAACAUCACCAAGAGGGUUCUCCUCAGGAAGUAUCAGUCGUUGACCUUCGUACAGACGGACAAACCCGUCUACAAACCCGGCCAGACAGUGAGGUUCCGGGUGGUGUCCCUGACGAUGGAUUUCCAGCUGUCCCAGGAGGAGUACCCGCUGAUAACGCUCUGGGACCCUCAGCGGAAUCGGAUUGGCCAGUGGAGAGAUGUGAAGGGCAGGCAGGGCAUCGUGGACCUCAGCUUCGACCUGAUCCCCGAACCUCCGAUGGGGGAGUACAAGAUCGAAGUGGAGAAGACCCACGGGAAGAAUUCACACACCUUCACUGUUGAGGAAUACGUGCUCCCCAAAUUUGAAGUGAAGGUUCACCUUCCAAAUGCGAUCACAAUCCUCGACAAAACGAUUAAUGUCAAAGUGUGUGGCAGGUACACCUAUGGGAAACCCAUGCGAGGUCAUGUGAAUGGGACUGUCUGCCUGAAACGUUAUUACUCUGCCAUGGACUCAACGUUAUGUCACCACGUCGAGGGCGAGACGGAUACUGACGGCUGCUUCUCCCGAGAUUUGUCCACUGCCAUAUUUCACCUCCGGAGGAAUUGGCAAAGAACCAUUCAGGCUCAUUUCGUCCUGGACGAGCAAGGCACAGGAAUCAAGAGGGAAGCUGUGGCGACCUGCCGGAUCGCUUCAGAGGUCACAAACCUCAGGUUCGAAGAAAUGGAAGAUUACUACAAGAGGGGGAUCCCAUACACUGGAAAGCUGGUGAUAAAAUACGCAACUGGGAAGCCUGUGCCUAGAGCCAAAGUUUAUCUGUUUCAUUCGGCCAAGCCUGGGGCACAGGUUAUCACCGUGGAUGAGCACGGAGAAGGAAAGUUCCAGUUAAACACCAGCUCCUGGGAGAACGGCCAAGUGACCUUCAUGGCCAUUUAUCACCUCCAAGCUGAUUACGCUGACUACUCGUUUCGCAUUCCCGGCCACAAUCUGGCCCGACACUCCGCCAAAUGCUUCUACUCCAAGUCCGGCAGCUUUCUGUCCAUUCAGAAACAUCACAGGGAGUUACCUUGCGACUCGGAUCUGAAUCUGUCCGUCGAUUAUAUCAUCAAGGGUCUGCCCGACAGUGGACCCCUCGAUCUGGAGGUGUUCCACCUGGUGAUGGCGAAGAUGAAGAUCAACAGUUUUGAGAAGACCUCCCUCGUCGUUGGGGGUACAAGUGGGACAGAGGGAACGUUGCUCCUUCAGCAGCGGGUGAGCUGGGAUCUGGCUCCCAUCGCCCGGAUCCUGGUCUUUGCGGUCCUGCCAGAUGGGGAGAUGAUCGGUGACACGGUGAAGUUCAGUGUGAGCAAGUGCUUUCACAACAAGGUCCAGCUCCACUUCUCCACCUCUGAAGACCUCCCCGGGACCCAGAUCAGUCUCGAUCUCCAUGCAGAUCCCGGCUCCUGGUGUGGACUGAGAGUUGUUGAUCAGAGUGUACUACUACUGAAACCAGAAAAGGAGCUAUCAGCCGACAGUAUCUAUUCCUUGCUACCGCUGUCCGAUCUCAGCGGUUACCAAUACCUGGUAAAGGAUGAUGAACAGCAGUUCUGUAAACCAGAUAACAGAGGGACUCAGCUUGCAUUGGACCAACGAUGGUUGGUCUAUGAUCUUGCCAAACUGAUCGAGGGGAUGGAGCUGAAGAUCUUCACCAACCUGGACUACUUCGUCCCCCUCAACUGCAUGUUGCCGACACGAUGGGAAUAUCAGCGUCGCUACUACGGUAUGCCAGGAUCUCCUAUGGGUUUUCCAGGACCUGCCUCAGGUGUAGCGUUCAGCGGCAGAUUUCAUCUGGAUUCUGCACCCGCUGGUCCCGUGGUGGGAACGAGUCUCCCCGCACAGAAUGUCCGGGAAUACUUCCCGGAGACCUGGAUCUGGGACCUGAUCCCUGUCAGUUCCACCGGACGCACCUCCCUCGAUGUCAGCGUCCCCGACGCCAUCACCGAGUGGAGGGGGAACGUUUUCUGCGGCGGAGAGUCAGGAUUCGGGAUGUCGGACACGGCUUCCUUCGUGGCCUUCAAACCUUUCUUCGUGGACGUGGCCCUGCCCUAUUCUGUCGUCAGGACUGAGGGCUUCACCCUCAAGGCCAAGGUCUUCAACUACAUGACGCAGAGCCUGAUGGUCAAAGUCGUCCUACUGGAAGCCCAGGGCUUUGAGCUGAAGUCCUCAGACAGAGAAUUUGAAGUCUGCGUCUUGUCCAAAGACAGUGUCACUGUGAGUUGGCAACUGGUGGCUGUGGCACUGGGUGAGGUGAAUGUCACUGUGCGAGCUGAGUCCAUUCACUCCUCCACUCUCUGUGGAAACGAGGUGGUCACCGUCCCAAAGAAAGGGGCCGUCGACAUUAUCCGCAAACCCGUCCUGAUCGAGCCCGAAGGCUCGGAAACUGAAUUAUCUCACAGCUCCCUGCUCUGUCCUGCCGGUAAAACCAUCACGGAGCAGAUCCACCUCCAAGUCCCGGCAAAUGUGGUUGAAGGAUCGGCCAGAGCUUACGUCACUGUGCUGGGUGACCUCAUGGGCAGUGCCAUGGAGAAUCUCGAUGGUUUACUCAGACUACCCACUGGCUGCGGGGAGCAGAAUAUGGUGAAGUUCGCCCCCAAUAUCUACGUACUCAGUUAUCUGGAAAAGACCCACCAGCUCACACCGGAAAUCAAGUCUAAAGCGAUUGGUUUCCUGAAGACAGGGUAUCAGAGACAACUCACCUACAAGCACCACGACGGAUCCUUCAGUGCGUUUGGGAACAGCGAUGCAGAGGGGAACACUUGGCUGACGGCCUUCGUCCUGAAGUCCUUCCUGCACGCCCAGCCCUACAUCUUCAUCGACGACUCUGUCCUCCGUGCUGCUGCUGGCUUCUUCCUGAAGUAUCGGCUGGAGUCAGGGUGCUUUGCCAGCCUCGGAAAGCUGUUCAACAACGCCAUGAAGGGGGGUGUCGACGACCACAUCUCCCUCUCCGCCUACGUUACCACAGCAUUGUUGAAUUUACUGAAACUGAGGCCCAACAUGGCCUCUGAGGUUUAUGAAAAGACUCGGGAAAGAGGCCAUGAAAUCUCUUCAAUCAACGAACUAGUGCUCGAGGAUCCAGACCAUGCACUGAUGUCCAGCACUGACGGAGAGAAGACCAAGCCUUUGAAUUUCAAGACGGCAGUGGUCGAUGUAUCUCUGGGCUGCCUGAGGAAGGAGAUGGAGACGGUGAACAACACCUACACUCUGGCGCUCCUCGCCUACACCUUCACCCUGGCCGGUGACACCACCUCCAGGGAGAGGCUCCUCAACAGACUGGAGGCGCUUUCAGUCACAAAGGAUGGACUGAAGCACUGGCAGAGGGCCGCGGACCCAGAGGAGGAGGAGGAGGAGGAGGAGGAGGAGGAGGUCUGGUACUGGUGGAGGGCUCCCUCAGCCGAGGUGGAGAUGACGGCCUACGUCCUGCUGGCCCUCCUCUCCAAGCCCCAGGUCAGCCCGUCGGACCUGCAGCAGGCCGUCCCCAUCGUCAGCUGGCUGGUGAGGCAGAGAAACUCGUACGGGGGAUUCGCCUCCACUCAGGACACAGUGGUGGCUCUCCACGCCCUCUCACUCUACGGGAGGCUGACCCACGCCACUGACCCCCAGGGCUCGGUGUCCCUGACUGGGGAGAACGGGUUCCAUCGGGAGUUCCACCUGGAUGCUUCCAAUCAGCUGUUGCUUCAGAGAGAGAAACUGGAGCAUGUUCCCGGAGACUACACUGUCCAGAUCAGUGGGACCAGCUGUCUGUUACUGCAAACCACACUGCGUUACAACACCCCUCCCACACCCAAACUCUCCGCCUUCCGCCUCUCCGUGAACAUGGAGACCGAGGCACAGGACCAGACCACAGGAAAGGUCAACAUCAACGUAAGUUACGUUGGCUCCCGUAAUGUCUCCAACAUGGUAAUCGUUGAUCUGAAGCUGCUCUCUGGAUAUUCGGCUGAGAAGCCAAGCCACCCCAGCGUCAGCAGAACAGAGACACAGAACGAGCAUUUGGUGAUGUACAUUCGACAGAUGGAAGCGUUCCACCCCGUCCAGCUGUCCGUCACCGUUCACCGGGACUUUGAGGUGGACAACCUGCAAGAAGCCCAUGUGAAGGUCUACGACUACUACGAGACGGAUGAAUCCGCCAUCGCUGGAUAUCAUGUGAGCCCUCUUCACGGGUCUUCCGCGAAAGAUCCCAGUGCGACGGAGGGUUUGGAUUCCCACCAUACAGAGAAGCGGGGAUAAUUCAUUAACCUGUAAUCAAUCUCAAUAAAUGUCUUAAUCCAUCA